CAUCGAGUUUCCCAUGCUCAUAACCAUGGUUUCACUUUCACACCAUCUCCUUGUUUGCCUUACGCUCCCUUUAUUGGCAGCUCUACUUGCUAGAAUCUGUAAAGCCGAUGUUAUGUUCCCUUUUAAUUGCUCAUCACAAGAAAUCAAGAAAUGUGAUGCCUUGUUAUACCACAUCAAUACUGGUCUAGACGACGACCAGAUUGCCUCUUUUUACUCCGUUGAUCCUUCCACUUUCCGCCCCAUUUCCCACGGAAACAACAGGAAUUACCUUAUACCGGUCCCCUGUUCUUGUGAGGACAUCGGUAACGAUACCGUAGCAUACUUCUACGAUGCUUCCUACACGGUGAAAAAACAUGACACAUUUCAGGAUGUUUCGACUAGUAUUUACAGCGGACAAGCUCUCGAAGUUGGUGACGAAGUGAGUAGUUUCAAUCCAGGGAACAAAGUACCAAUGCAUCUAAUAUGCGGAUGCAUAGAGAGUCCGUCAAAAACCAUAGUCACAUAUACAGUUCAGCAGGGCGAUGCUUUGACAAGUAUUGCGACUCAGCUAUGGACUAACAUAAAAGACAUAGAAAGAUUGAACAGCAACCUGACUCAAAACCCUGAUCUUAUAAUUUCCGGUUCGGUUCUAUAUGUGACUAUGGACAAUGAUAGAAUUCCAGCACCAAUGAAAAGGGGAGGAGGAAGAAGAAAAUGGACAAUCCUUAUUGUCGUAUUAUCGGUAGUUGCAUUUUUUUCAACAGUUGCAUUGCUCAUCUUUCUCAUACGAAAAAGAAAAGGACAAAAAAUGAGUGUGGAACAUCCAAAGUCAGUAUCCAAAAGCAUGAUGAGUGGAAGAACAUUUUCAUUGCAAUCCCAGUUUUUCUACACGGAAAACAUGGAAGAUGUAACAGCUUUUGAAUCAGAAAUACCAAUGAUAUAUAGCCUGGAGGAGAUUGAAAAAGCUACAGAUAAUUUUGAUGAAAAGAAGAAAAUUGGAAGUGGGGGAUACGGUUAUGUGUACCACGGAAUACUAAGAUCAAAGGAAGUUGCGAUAAAGAAGAUGAAAUCGAACAAAUCGAAAGAGUUCUUUGCUGAACUCAAGGUCUUAUGCAAGGUCCAUCACAUAAACGUGGUUGAGCUCUUGGGAUUCGCUAGUGGAGAUGAUCAUCUCUACUUGGUCUAUGAGUAUGUCCAGAAUGGAUCACUCAAUGAUCAUCUUCAUGAUCCGUUAUUGAAAGGUCACCAGCCACUCUCUUGGAUAGCGAGAACGCAAAUCGCACUCGAUGCUGCGAAAGGCAUUGAAUACAUUCACGACCACACGAAAGCACGGUAUGUGCAUAGGGAUAUCAAGACCAGUAACAUACUGCUUGAUAAGGGUCUACGAGGAAAGGUUGGGGACUUCGGAUUAGCAAAGCUCGUUGAGAGAACAAACGAAGAGGAUCUAAUAGCAACACGAUUGGUCGGAACUCCAGGUUACUUGCCCCCUGAAUCGGUGAUGGACUUGCAAGUGACACCAAAAUCCGAUGUCUUCGCGUUCGGGGUGGUGCUGGCGGAGCUGAUAACAGGCCAACGUGCGCUGGUUCGUGACAACAAGGAACCGAACAAAAUGAGAUCAUUGAUAACCGUUGUAAAUAAUAUUUUCGUAGAAGAAAACCCGGAAAAAGCUUUAGAAGAAGUGAUAGAUGGAAGUCUUAGAGGAAGCUAUCCUAUGGAGGAUGUAUACAAGAUGACAGAACUGGCGAUGUGGUGCUUGAGCGAUGAGGCGGUGAACAGACCGGAAAUGAGAGAUGUUGUUUUAGCACUUUCCCAGAUUGUGAUGUCGUCGGUGGAGUGGGAUGCGUCACUGGGAGGGAAUAGCCAAGUUUUCAGUGGGAUUUACAAUGGAAGAUGAAAACUAAACAACCUCCAUUUUACUCAUUUCUCAGCUAUGUUAUAUUAAACAUAUAUAGCUGCAAAUGAAAAA